CUGCUUCAAUAUGCUUGUUUCAAAUGGUGGAAUUAUCCUCUCAGGACUCCACUGUAUUUUGCAGCAGUCAGUAAUUACUUUUUUAGUUAUUUAAUUUAGUUAUUUAAGAAUAACAUUCUCUUUUCUAUUCUAUCUUUUCAUGACUUUCUUCUGUCUAGUGCACAAAGUUAUCCUGGCUGCAACCAGUGACUACUUCCGUGGGAUGUUUACACUGGGCAUGAAGGAGUCCCUUCAGUGUUAUGUGAGGCUUCCAUUCCUCUGUGCCUCAGAUCUAGAGGUUCUGAUUGGCAGCUCCUACAGCGGCGGUCUUCCACUGAGCUGGACGGGCGUCUUUGAGAUUGCUUGUCUUUCUCUUCAGCUCCAGUACCAACCUGCCCUGUCCUUGUGCUUUAGUUUCCUUCACCAUGAACUAAAUGCUCACAGCUGCCUUGAUGUGGCGUCUUUUGCUGAAGCCUAUGAAAUAGCACACCUUCUCGAAGCUGCGGAUGACUUUGUGCUGCGGCACUUUCAGGAGGUGGCCUGCACCUCCAAGUUCAAGGACCUGCCGGCCAAGCAGCUCCUCAAGUACCUGAACAGUACCUCACUCUGUGUUCCAUCUGAGCUUGUCGUGUUUAAGGCUGUGGCGUCAUGGAUUCAAGCCAAGCCCAGUCGGAGGCUGAAACUCGCAGAGGAGCUAAUGAAAACGGUACAGUUUUCCCUGAUGACAUUUAAGGAAUUCAAAGAGGUUCAGUCACAGAACAUUUGGUGUGAUCACAGCUUGACGGAGCUGUACAACAGAGUCUUUGAAGACUUCUGCUGCAGCGAGGCUCCACCACAGAGCCAAUGGCGUAUGUAUCUUCCCAAAGAGAGCCUCGUCUUGAUCGGGGGUUACCAGAUCUCUGAAGACCUGUGCAGCCGCCACAUCAGCAGAGACAUUUGGUUCGGCAAUUCCAUGAGAAGUUUGACAGGGAUUAACAAGGCAAUUGAGUGGAGAAGAUUGGGAGAAAUGCCAAAGUCAUCGAGGUUCAGUCAUGAAGUCGCUGUGCUCGAUGGACACCUGUACAUUUUUGGAGGCAAAACAUAUUAUGGCAAAGGUGACAUCUUUAACUUAGUCUCUAGGUACGAUCCACUUCAAAACAGCUGGGAGUGUCUGUGUGAAAUGCAAGAGAAGAGAUCCUCUUUCUCAGUGGUUGUGCUGGAUGGGCAAAUAUACGCUGUUGGUGGAUACUGUGAAUCUGAUCAUAUGGAUUCUGUUGAAUGCUACUGUCCAUCUACAAACUCCUGGAGCUUCACCAAGCCCUUGGAUCUACGGCUGGGUGGGCACAUAGCAAAGGUUCUCAAUGGGCAGAUCUUUAUCUCCGGAGGGCAAAACGCUGACCAGUUGUGUCUUGCAUCUAUGUUUCUGUAUCACCCAGAGACAGGAAGCACCUACCUGGCAAGCAUGAACAAUCCCAGAGCUCAUCACAGCAUGGAGACCCUGGGGGGACACCUCUACGUAGCAGGAGGAAUCACCACUAAAGAUAACGUGACUGUCGUUGAUCAGCUUACCUGUGAAAUGUACAGCCCAGCCACCAACUCUUGGACUGCGUUCACAUCUCUGCAAGUGCCACAUGUUGGGGCAGGAAGUGCGAUUUUGGAGGGAAAGUUCUACUUACUGGGUGGAUACAGCCAGGAGGACUGCAGUGACACGAAUAUGGUCCAUCGCUACGACGCCACCACACAGAAAUGGGAGAACAUUGGACAAAUGCCAGGGCCUAAUAAUGAAAUACGAGCAUGUGUGCUGUGUCUACCACAACAUUUGCGUAUGUAAAACACAGUCAAAUGAUCAGCUAUUUCAAAUAGAAUCUUACUGGGAAUGAUGAGGUUUGACAUGUUGGUCGCUCGGCUCCCAGUAUGUGAAAAAGGAUUAUUGGGAGAAGAAACUCACAGUUCACAUAUUAACAAUCCCAGUCUAUCCCUGACAAUCUCUCUAAAUGUAAAAAAUAGGGUUAUCCCUUCAUCCAUUCUCUAAACCUCCAAAAUCCUGUUAGGGUCACUGGGGAACAGGAACCUACGUGGCGUGGUGGCAGAGAACACUCUGGACAGCUCUGGAGUCCAUUACAGGGUUAACACUAACCCUCAAAUUCCACAUCCUCCGUGACCGCUCCGUUCCGUUCACAAAACAUACAUGUACAUCCGACGGAGCAACUAUGCUGUUAUUUUAAUUAAUGAACUGUUCUACUUGCUCCAUGACUUCUCUGUUUACCGUCAGACUCCAGCCAGGUCAGGCUCCACAACUGCAAUUGUAUCAAACAGGAAAACAGAAUGCUAACAGCAUCCAGUUUGUCAAAGUAAAAUUGGGUAAUGAGAGAUUGUAACUACAAAUUAAAACAUCUUUGUUAAAUAUUCCCAAUAAAGUGAACCGUUUUAUUUAAAUAUUGGAUGCAAACUACUGGUUUCUCACUGAACAAGGAAGCAGAUUGGUAAUUUAAUGUAUACAUAGGCUUUGUAUAUAAAUAGAAAAACAUAUACGAUUUGGUGGCCAGGGUCAGCUCUUUAAAUCUCUGCUGCAAACUUAACCCUUUCCUCCCAUUUAGACAAGCAACGUGGAGGUCUAAAUGGGAGGAAACAAAGAGCAUUUGUAGAACACUUUUUCAUCUGCAAAGCAUGUGUGCUGCUUUUGAUGCACCUGCAUUUCUACAGCAACUGUGGUCGUUUUGGAACACAAUGUGAGAAAUUUGCAGUGGUCUACUGUUGUAGAAGAAGUAAAGUUCCCAUAACACUGUUGCCUGCUCUCAUAUAUUCCUUCUUUGCUUAAUGAUCAGUAGACAUUUAAAUACCCUAUACCACACACUGAUCAGCAACCUUUCUAACCCUAGGAGCCAUGUUUGUAUGUGGUUGAGCUAAACACAAUUUGUUUAAAGCCAUGUAAAAAACAUAACUAUGCAAGUUUGCAACCAAACCAAUGUUUUUGUUGACAAAAACAUUAAUUUCAUAAGAAAAUAUUUUUCACCCCAGAAGUUCCCCGAACCUUUUGUGCCACAGACUAGUUUAAAGACAAUAAUAAAUGCCUUUAAGCUGUGACAAAUAAAUAAAUAAAACAAUACAAGAUACAAUGAAAUAACUAGCAUAAAAACUGUGGUAUUUUAUACAAUAAUACAAUAAUGAUAUUAAGAUCAGGAUAGAGAAGGGAAAAGAAAAGGGUCUCUCUUCUGCCUUUUACCUGACAUUAAAUUAACUCCUAACAGUGCAUUUUGGUUUUAUCUUAAUUUAUAUCCACCAAUGUUGAUGGAACAGUUUUGGGCUUUUUAAAAAUAUAUAUGGACAGGCUUUGUUACUUUUUUAGUCAGUUAUAAAGUUUUUGAAUUAACUAUAGACAUAAGUACUGCAUUUUGUAGUAAAUAGGCAAUUAAGUAGAUGUAUUUUUUUUAACAAUGCAUCAUAGUUAAGUCUAUGUUUUAUAUGUAAUAUAUGUCCUAAAAUAAAUGUACCCAACACACCAUGGA